CUUAGCCACGCCCCCACACGGAAGUAAAGUCUCUCAUGGCGCGCAAUAAGGAAACAAAAACACUUUUGAAAGUUUGGAGGUAAUAAAAAUAAUGUCGAGGUUUCUCCAGGCGGUUCAGAGUAAUAUAUCGGAGAAAGAAAAGUCGGAACUGUCUGUGAGUGAGCUGCAGAAAUGCGGACUAACAGGAAUUGUGCUGAAGCCGUACCAGCUGGAUGGCGUGCGGUGGCUCUCUCAGUGUUUGAAGACUCUGGACGGCUGCAUCCUGGGGGAUGAAAUGGGUUUGGGUAAAACCUGUCAGACCAUCUCCUUGCUGGUGUACGCCAGAGGACAUCUCCGCAUGAAGGGUCCCUUUCUGGUGCUCUGUCCUCUGACAGUUAUUGAGCACUGGGAAAAGGAGUUGAAGAGUCUGUGCCCCAGUCUGCGCGUGGUGCAUUAUAAAGGUGAUAAAACAAAAAGAGCCGAGCUGCAGAGAAACAUGGAGGACCAACCUUUCCACAUCCUGCUGACUCACUACCAGAUUUGCCAGAAUGACGCGUCGGUAUUAAAAAGGUGGAACUGGGAUAUUUUGGUUGUGGACGAGGCUCAGCGACUGAAGAACGAAAACUCGAAGCUUCACCGAAUCCUUACAGAGUUCUCUUUAGGUUUCAGACUUUUGCUAACCGGAACUCCCAUCCAGAAUAACCUGCAGGAGGUCUACUCGCUCCUGACCUUCAUCCAGCCUGAUAUUUUCCCACCUGACGCUACAACCGAGUUUGUGAAUGCAUAUGCGGCUGUACAGACUCAAAGCUCACAAGCUAAGGAGCUCCAUCGGGUUCUCCAGCCCUUCUUGCUCCGCAGGGUGAAGGCCGAGGUGGAGACAGAACUGCCGAAGAAAGUAGAGUUGGUGGUUUAUCACGGGAUGUCUGCUGUCCAAAAGAAGUACUACAAAGCCAUUCUGAUGAAGGACCUGGAUGUGUUUAGGAGCGAUCAGGGCAUUAACAACCGGCUCCUGAAUGUUCUGAUGCAGCUGAGGAAGUGUGUGAACCACCCCUACCUGUUCAACGGUGUGGAGCCCGAGCCGUUUGAGAUGGGUGAACACUUGGUGGAGGCGAGCGGGAAGCUCUCUCUGCUCGACUCUAUGCUUGCCCACCUGCUGGAGGAGGGUCACCGGGUUCUGCUGUUCUCUCAAAUGACCAGGAUGUUGGACGUUGUGCAGGAUUACCUGGAGUACAGAGGUUACAGCUACGAGCGUCUGGAUGGCUCGGUGCGAGGAGAAGAGCGCCAUCUCUCUGUCAAUAAAUUCAACACCGAAGAGGUCUUCAUCUUCCUGCUCAGCACAAAAGCUGGAGGGGUCGGUUUGAACCUGACGGUAGCCGACACUGUAAUCUUCUUGGACAGCGAUUUUAAUCCACAGAACGACUUGCAAGCGGCGGCUCGAGCUCACCGGAUCGGCCAGAAAAGGCCUGUGAAAGUGAUCCGGCUGCUGGGGAGGGACACGGUGGAGGAGAUGAUCUUCUCCCGCGCCGUGUCCAAACUGCGUCUCACCAACACCGUGAUCGAGGAGGGACAGUUCUCUCUGCUGGAGAAGAGUAAGGCUGCUUCUCAACUCGAGUUGAGCGAGAUCCUGAAAUUUGGAGUCCACAAACUGCUGUCGUCAGAUGAGAGCUCAGUCCAGCGUGUGGACGUUCUGCAGGUCCUGGGACAGUCCCGAGAUGGCAAGUGGCUGGUGGACGAGGAGCACGUCAGGCCCGCUGAGGAAGAGGCGGAUGAAGACGAGGAGAGACAGAAUCACAUGUACUUCUUUGAGGGGAAGGACUACUCCAAAAUCCCGAGCACGGAGGACGAGAAAAGGUUCGAGCUCAUGCUGGAGGAGCAGUCAACUCCCGCGGAGGACGCCGGGAAAGAAGGACGCAGCCUACGCCACAAAGCCGGAGUUUUAUUCUCUGGACAUUUAGCGUCGACUUCGAGAGUGAAGAGGCCUCUGACGGAGUCUGAGCUGGAAGAGAGGCGUCGGAAGAGAGAGGAAACUGCGGCUAAAAAAGCCAAGCAGCAGGAAGAGAAGAAGCGAGAGCGCGAGGAGCAAAAAUACAAGAAGAAGAUGGCAUGGUGGGCAUCAUGUGGGUAUACAUCGCUGUGCCUGCCCUCUGCUGAUAGUGAAGGCGAGGAUGUGGACGAAGAAGAAGAAGGAGACGUCAGCAGUGUGAACUCUACCGACUCGGAUGACACGGCGAUUCGUUACGUACUCGGUGAUGUCACACACCCUCAGGCUGAGCGCGAGGACGUCAUUAUCAUUCAGUGUGUGGACGAUUCUGGACGGUGGGGACGAGGCGGCUUGUUCACGGCUCUGGAGCUCCGGUCAGAUGAGGCGAAGAAGCAGUAUGAACUGGCAGGAGACAUGGAAGAUUUGGAGCUCGGGAGCGUGCUGCUGUUCUCCAUCGACGACAAGCAGUCGAGACUGAGCGGACGAGACUACUUGGCUCUGAUCGUCGCCCAGAGGAGAGAUAAAACCAACCAGCUGUCAGGGAUUCACCUCAACGCCCUGGACGAGGGGCUCAAGAAGAUCUACAGAGCUGCCAAGCAGAAGAAAGCGAGUGUCCACCUUCCACGAAUUGGACACGCCACCAAAGGCUUCAACUGGUACGGCACUGAGAGGCUGAUACGCAAGCACUUAGCCUCCCGAGGGGUUCCUACCUUCAUAUACUACUACAAGCGUACAUCGUCUGACUCCACCACGACCGCUCCGUCUCCGACCGCGGCGAUCCCGUCCACCUCGCGCUCGGCGUUCGCUCCUCCAGCACCGGUCUCUCCCAGCUCCUCGUGUUCUCCCGGUCCUCCGGAAGAGCAAGCCGAGUCUCCAGAAGGUUCUCGCUCAUCGCAGCAGGGUGGAGCUUCCGGUCUACCCGACUUUAUGAGAGGAGUCCGCGUGUUGUUCUACCACGUGGGGGCGACGGAGAGAAAGAAACUCGCACGCUACCUCAUCGCAUACGAUGGCGAUGAAGAGGACCUCGUGAGCUCACAGGUUACUCACAUCGUAGCAGAGGUACAAAGUCCAGCUCAUAUACAGGAAUUGCAGGAUAUGUGUCAGCAGUGCCCUCAGGCCAUCCUUGUAAAGAAGAACUGGCUCAAGUCUUGCUUUGCCAACCAGAGAAAAGUCAGCACUUCCAAGUAUAUCCAUCAUUUUAAAUAAAUGUAUUAUAUUUUAUUCGUAUGGAUGACCCCCCCACCCACACACACACACACACACACACACACACACGCACAAAUUCAAAGUGAAAAGUGUACCUCUGCGCUUGUGUAUCCUGGGCUUUGAAAAUAAAAUCAAAAUUAAAAUAUUUAUUUAUUUAUUUA